CAGCGGAAGUGGGGGGUCAGAGGUCGUUGCUAAGGGCUGAAGAUGGCGGCGCUGAAGUGAGAGACUCGGAGACAGAGACACAGAGAGAGAGAGACUCGGCCCCGAGUCUGAGCCCGAGCCUGUGUUUGGGAGCCCGGGGGCGGGAGGGCGGGAGGCGGCCACAGGAUGGGGCGGCGAUCCACCAGCUCCACCAAGAGCGGGAAGUUCAUGAACCCGACAGACCAGGCCCGAAAGGAGGCCAGGAAACGGGAGCUGAAGAAGAACAAGAAGCAGCGAAUGAUGGUGCGGGCCGCGGUGCUGAAGAUGAAGGAUCCCAAACAGAUCAUCAAAGACAUGGAGAAGCUGGAUGAGAUGGAGUUUAAUCCCGUGCAGCAGCCCCAGCUGAACGAGAAGGUGCUGAAGGACAAGCGGAAAAAACUGCGCGAGACGUUUGAGCGGAUCCUGCGGCUGUACGAGAAGGAAAACCCGGAUUUCUACAAGGAGUUGAGGAAACUCGAGACGGAAUACGAGCAGAAACGAUCCCAACUCUGCCAGUUUUUUGACGCUGUCAAGAACGCCCAGCACGUGGAGGUGGAGAGCAUUCCUCUGCCUGACAUGCCUCACGCACCAUCCAACAUCAUGAUCCAGGACAUCCCUCUCCCAGGAGCUCAGCCUCCGUCUAUACUGAAGAAGACUUCAGCGUACGGCCCCGCCUCAAAACCGGUCAUGCUCAUGCCCCCCCCUUUCCAUGGAGUCCCACGGUUACCCCCCGGCAAGAAGCCGCCCGGCCCACCCCCUGGGCCCCCCCCACCCCAGGUGUUGGCCAUGUAUGCCCGGCGCCUGGGACCCCCGCCCGGCAUGUGUCUGAGGGGCCUGGACGAAGACAACGUUUACGAUCCUGAAACGGCUAUCCAGGACAUGCAGCAGGACGAGGAGGAGGAGCUGAGUGGGGACGAGGAUUAUCCUGAGGACAUGGAGCAGGGCGGGGAGGAGGAGCGGGACGAUGACAGUGAGGACGGGAAGGACAGAGACAGCGAGGAUGACGACGAGGAUGAUUUCCGACACCGCGAUGAAGAUGAUGACAGCAUCAGGAAGGAAGAUGAUAAGCCAGGGCGGAUAGUGCGGUUCGCAGACAUGCAGGACAAGUACAGGAAGAAGAAAAACCUCAAGGAGAUAACGCCACUGCAAGCCAUGAUGCUCCGGAUGGCGGGACAGGAGAUCCCUGAGGAGGAGGAGGAUGAGGAGGAAGAUGGCAAUCAAGAGGGGGAUGAUGGAAAGAUGGACGGGGACGAAAUGAAACGGCGGGGGGAGGAGUCGCGGCCGGAUGGCAUCCUGAUGCCCCCGCCAACCCAGAUGCCACCUCGGGGCCCGAUGCAAGUACCACCGAUGUCCGGCCCCCCACCACUGGGACCCCCACCCGCUCCUCCACUGAGACCUCCAGGACCCCCGUCCGGUCUGCCCCCCGGACCACCACCAGGUGCUCCUCCCUUCAUCCGGCCACCAGGAAUGCCUGGGAUCAGGGGGCCAAUGCCCCGGCUCCUCCCUCCCGGCCCCCCACCUGGCCGCCCCCCCGGACCCCCACCCGGACCCCCACCAGGCCUUCCCCCAGGCCCCCCACCUCGCGGCCCACCACCCAGGCUCCCACCCCCAGCACCCCCAGGUAUCCCCCCACCUCGGCCUGGUAUGAUGCGGCCGCCACCUCCGUUGGGCCCGGCCCCCCCGGGGCUGUUCCCCCCCGCCCCCAUACCAAACCCGGGCGUGCUCAGUGCGCCCCCCAGUCUGAUCCAGCGGCCAAAGCUGGACGAGCACGUGGCCACCAUCGAGAAGAAAGCCACGGCCACCAUCAGCGCCAAGCCCCAGAUCACCAACCCCAAAGCCGAGAUCACCCGCUUUGUGCCCACCGCCCUGAGGGUCAAGCGGGAGAGCAAGGGACAGGCACCGGUCAAGAAGGGAGAAGAGGAGAUGGUCGUCCCCCUGAAACCCGUGUCCAAACCUCCCCCCGUCUCCAUCCAAACCAAGGACGAUAUUUACGAGAGUUUUAUGAAGGAGAUGGAGGGGCUCUUGUAACCGGCCCACUGCUCGUCUCUGACCUCCCGCUGUGGCUCGGUGUUCUGAGAUUUACACACUUGUCCGCUCCUGUGUUUGUCCCGUGUUCCUUUCAAACCCAGUUCUCAGUACACAGUGGACUGACCCGCACUCGGGUGGCAGCACUUGUGCACUGAGCUGGCGUGGACAAAAAGUGUAUCUGAGACCAGACCAAUCCUUCCCCUCCUUUCCCCCCCCCUCCCC